UGGGAGUGAUAAUUGAAUUCUUGUUCUGGUUUGCAUCUGGCCUUUAGUUGUUUCAAGCAUUUUUAUGCUUCAUUGCGUUCCAAAUUUCUCAUCAGGUUCUGCGUGAUCUGAACGUUAAGAAAAUGGUAAUACCUGCAAUAUCCGAACUAAAUGAAACAUGGACAAAAAAUUUUCACUUUGCACCCUUAGAAGAAUCAAAGAGACGAGAGAUGAGGACCAUGAGUAUGUUGGUGUUCCCGGGGACUGAUAUGUUACAGAAGCCUCUACUGAAGCAUCCGUUGGCUGAAGGGCAAAGGACUGCUACAGCUUCUGCACCCAAUCCCAUUUCCUCAGAGGUCGGAAUCCUGAAUCUCAACGAACCUGCUGCUAUUGAAUAUCAUGCCAGCGUACCUGAUUGCUCCAAUUAUGCAUUCAAUAAUAAAACUGGGAUGGUUGAAGAAUCGCCUAGCGAUGAAAAUGAAAAGUGUCUUGACCAUGUUACCGUAAAUUCAAAAACCUCCACAAGUGAUGCUCAGCUCGAGACACAAAUAUCAGUUGAGGAAAUCAAUAAUUGUUCGAAUGGUAUUAUCCCUGACGGGAAACUCGUGAAAUGUAACUAACGAAAUAUACGUGGGAGAAUUUACUUUUGUUGUAGAUGGGGAGACGAGAGAAACAAGGAAUGUUAUGUUUUGAACUGGAUGGCUUUACUAUUUGCCACGUUAAGUUAACUCUGGUAUUCCCUUUAUUUUUGGAUAGGGUAUGAAUUUGUUUCUAAGAUAUGUUGUCCAUAAUUAGCAUGUAUAGGACGUUAAUCAUCUUAUUCCAACGUUCAGUUUUUGGUUCC